AUGGCAACUGCUCCGCAAAUUACAAAGAAAAAGAAGGCUGUUUUGGAUGGAGUUUUUAAGGCUGAGCUCAACAAUUUUCUCAUGAAAGAGCUCGCCGAAGAUGGUUAUUCCGGCGUUGAGGUCCGUCGCACUCCUGCUCGUGCCGAAGUUAUCAUCAUGGCCACCCGCACCCAAUCGGUUCUUGGCGAACGUGGGCGACGCAUCAAGGAGUUGACCUCUGUAGUGCAGAAGCGUUUUGGUUUUGAAGAAGGAUCUGUUGAGCUGUACGCUGAGAAGGUGUCCAACCGUGGUCUCUGCGCUGUUGCCCAGUGUGAAUCCCUCCGCUAUAAAUUGGUUGGUGGACUGGCGGUUCGUCGUGCUUGCUACGGAGUGCUACGAUUCAUAAUGGAGUCCCAAGCACAGGGUUGUGAGGUAAUUGUCUCCGGAAAGCUUCGCGGUCAACGAGCUAAGGCAAUGAAGUUCGUUGAUGGGCUCAUGAUUCAUUCAGGACAUCCAGUCACCGAGUACAUCCAGCAAGCAGUCCGACAUGUGCAACUUCGUCAGGGAGUAAUCGGAAUCAAGGUGAAGAUCAUGUUGCCUCAUGAUCCUCGUGGCCAAAUGGGACCAAAGAACGCUCUUCCCGACCACGUCCAAAUCCUAGAACCCAUGCCGGAGGUCAACCCUACCGAGCCAAGUUCCGAGCAUAAGGUUGAAAAGAAGGACAUGAUCCCUAUUGUACCUCCGCCCAUGCAACCUGUUGAGGUCACACCGGCCUAUUAA